AUGUGGUUUGCAAAAUUACCCCAGGCUCAUCACAGCCUUCGCCUCGGCGUCAAGAAGCUGAUGCCGGCGGCCUACUUGCAGACUGCAACGGCUCCUGCUCAGCCAUUUUCCAUGAGUCGAUCCAUCGCAUGGCCAAAGAAAAAUUCGCCACAGACGGUUGCUUCUUCUCCAAUCCAUAAACCACAGCCCACAGAGUCGGAAGAGGAUGUAACUGCUGAUCGAUCACCCGUUGAUCCCCUUCACUCUCCAAAAUCGGUAAACAGCAAGAGCAAACCGGCUGCCACGGGCAAUUUCAAGGCAUCUGGAGGUAACCGCAAACAGACGACCAAGUUCAACUAA